AUGCCACCUCCUCCUCCUCCAUCCCCUCCCGGGGCGAGUCCUGCUGUGAACUGUGUGCCACAAGUCGCCGAGGAGGUGCUGGAGCUCAACCGUGAGCUGGUGGCUCAGAACAUUUGGCUCAGAGAGCAACUCACCGCUGGCGAGACCAAGAACGAGAGUGUCGAGGGAAAGAAGGCAGCCGUAGACGAGCAGUUGCGACUCGAGAACGAGCAGUUGAGGCGGCAGGUGGUGGAGCUGGAGAGUAAACUGGCGAAGAAGAAGGAAAUUGUACUGGUGUCGGCAAAAAUCAUCGAGAGUCGUAUCGCCUACCGUGACAACCAGCAGUUUGUCGAGUAUAUGAUGCAGCUUGAGACUGAUAGUCGUGGGACGCUGUUCGUGUGGCACCGCUACAGUACAUUCCGGAAGUUGGCCGAGACACUGCAAAACCAGCAAGGAAACUCACGAAAGAGCGUCCCCGAGCUGCCAUGUAAGCAGAUAUUCGGCAACUUCUCGGAGAAGAUCAUUCAAGACCGCAUUAUCAAGCUGAACCAAUUUCUAGAAGCAGCAACCAAGGCUCACCACCUCGAGUGGGGUAUCCGUGUAGACGAUGCCACGUGCGUGUACAAGCGGCGCAUUAAGUCACCAACUCUUCCGACGUCAGCGUUGCGGACAAAAGCGUGGACGUUGCCCACCAAAAACUACGACGAACACGACUACGCUGAAGUUGUGUCAGUGAGGGUCGUGGGCAGCCAAAUUCGGCACCAACGGUUCAUCGAGUUCCAGCUUCAGAUAAAGACGGACGUUCACAACACGUUGCUCGUGUGGCUUGGCUACAGCGCUCUGUACGAGUGGGCGGAAGCAACUGGACGAGAGAACCCGAGUACAAAAAUCCCAACUCUCCCUAAAGAGGAGCCAUUCGGUAGCUACUCAAAACAUAUUCAGCGGGAGACAGCGAAGCUGCAUGCCUUUUUCAAGAAAGUUGUAAAGGCCGGCGAUCUACAAUGGAUUGUCCGCAUCGACGUGGACACUUUCGACUCUAAGCUCCGGGUGAACGAUGCACCGCCAGCGUACGAGCACCAGCCGGAGUCUGCCAGUCCUCUGGCCUCCAUCUCCAAGCUUUUUCCUUUAAGGUCAAUCGUGCAGCGGCAGCGUAAGCGCAGUGACGCGCAACUCUACCAACGCAAGAUGGCUCAAGCCAGCUGA